GCCGGCGUUCAACCCGUCAGCACCCGAGGGGCGGUGACUGGGCUGCUCCUGCCAGCGGGGCCCGCGGGCGGGCGGUGUACCCGAGGACGCGUCGCCAUGAAGCUGUACAGCCUCAGCGUCCUCUACAAAGGCAACGGCAAGGUGGUGCUGCUCAAAGCCGCGUACGAUGUGUCCUCCUUCAGCUUUUUCCAGAGGUCCAGUGUUCAGGAAUUCAUGACCUUCACAAGUCAACUGAUUGUGGAGCGCUCAGCAAAAGGCAUCAGAGCUUCUGUCAAAGAACAAGAAUACCUGUGCCAUGUCUAUGUGCGAAAUGACAGUCUCGCAGGAGUGGUCAUUGCUGACAGUGAAUAUCCAUCCCGGGUGGCUUUUACCUUGUUGGAAAAGGUACUGGACGAAUUCACCACGCAGGUUAACAGGACAGAUUGGCCAGACGGAAACCCUGCUAAAAUCAAGUAUGACGACCUGAGCUUUCACCUUAGUAAAUACCAGAAUCCCCGAGAAGCUGACCCUAUGUCUAAAGUACAGGCUGAACUAGAUGAGACCAAAAUCAUUCUGCACAACACCAUGGAAUCUUUGUUGGAGCGAGGGGAGAAGCUAGAUGACCUAGUGUCCAAAUCUGAAGUGCUGGGGACACAGUCUAAAGCCUUCUACAAAACGGCCCGGAAACAAAACUCCUGCUGUGCAAUCAUGUGACCGCAGCCAGCAGAGGUCUCUGUGCUGGAACAUCACUGUCAUUCACAUCAGAACUGCAGCCCCCAGCGAAGCAGAGCCGGCCGUGGAAAGACCAGAGUCGGACAGACUUAUUUCUCACUUUGAAUCUCCUGGGAGUAAUCCAGGGGUGGUGGAAGGGAUCUGGGGGUGGGGAAACGUCCAAAUUCAUAUGUCUAGUACUUUUUUGAAAGAUAAUUUGAGGCCCCCAAAGGUGUAUUUUUGGGCCAAAUGAAACCAUAAAUCUCAGUGAGUCCUGUAGAUGCUGAUCGGCUCGUUCUCAGCUCACCCCUGGAAGCCUGUGUGCCCUCUCUGGAGUGCCCUGGGGGGCAGAGCCCGUUCUUCAUUGAUCCUCAGUAUGCCUUUGGGUUUUAUUUGUACGUUAACUGUAUUAACACUCCAGUAAGGGGAGGGGACAUAGAGUCUGAUUACAGGGCUAGGAUGGGGCAGACCUUGAAGGAAGACUUGGUUCUCUUGAGAAAGCCACUUCCCGGCCACUCUGAGGAUGAGGGUUGAGACGGUACCAGAAAAGCAGUUCGGGGCAAGACCUGUGAUGGGAGGACAUGGUCACUGGGCUUCACAAAUUCUGAAACGGUUGCUUGCAUCCCUACCAAGAGUAGCUUCCUGCUGAGGGCAGCCAAACAUCAGGGUCCACAAAGAUGUCCAGGAGGUGUUUGGGGGAGGGGAGCCAACCCUGCCUUGCAAUUUAACUUUGAACAUCUGAACACAGCAAAGUGUGUUGUGGUCUCACAACUACUUUCCAUUUGCCUCUCUGGUAUCAAGCUGUCUUGGCAACCACCAGGGCCUGUAUGUCUUUACAGUUGGGCCUUUUCUGUAGCCACCAUUACUGGGCACCAAGUAGGACGCCCAGUGGUCUGAGCCCAGCCCCCCCGCAGUAACAUGCAGAGCUGGCCCCAAGAAGCAUGAAACCUAAAGUCUGGCCCAGCCCUGGAAAUAGACCAAGAGCUGCCCAGGUGAUGCCUAAGGUUCUGGGCCCCUCUUGGCUGGCCUGGUUCCUUGGAGGUCCUACUGCCAUGUUCCAAACCACCUUUUGGUGCCCUGCUGUGCUUCCUGCGGACACAAGCUCAGUGUGCCCUGAGACUCCAUCCCCACAGACGCCCUCCCAGGAAGGUGUCAGCCAGUGCACUCGUCUAUGGGGUAGGGCACCUGCCCCACCUCAGGAGGCCCCACAGGCCUGAAUUCCCACACCUGGGCCAGAAGGUGGGAUCUGCAUGACUUCCAAGGAAUCCACCUUGGCAGAUGCUCUUAUUAUCUGGGUUCUGCUGACCAAAGAACUUUGGCCUAUACCUAAAGCAGCCUGCCCAUGUGAUUUUCCUACUGCCAUAGAUACCCCAGAAAGCCUGGGCCCACCCUGCUCGCUGACACCCCAGGUGGCUGUGACCUUCCCUUAAGAUUGAUGCUGUUGGGGUGGGAGGGUAAGGUAUGGACUUGGGGGAAGGGACUGAGACUUUCUCUUGUCCCCCACAGGGCAGUGAGGCGGGUAUUGGCUCGGACCCUGCACUGGUAUUGACCCUGCUCCUGUUGCAUUGUUAAGUCAUUUGGCAAAGAGUGUAUUUUAAUAACUGCUACCUAACUUUUCUCUGUUCUGAGUUUCCUGUCUGGAUAAAGUUGUCUUUUGAAAUU